AUGGUAAAUGAACGAGUGUUCAAUGCAGAAUCUAAGCUUCAGAUUGUUCCUGUCAACCUAGAACAAUCUCUAUUAUCAGAGUCCGUAGAAAUCCCACCAUUGCCUGAUUUAUCAAACCUGAAGACUCACAGAGAUGGCCAAUUUCUGUUUGAAACGUUCACACCAUUAGGCCUUUCUAAACAUCAAUUCAAUUUAAGGAGGAAGUCCAAUUUAAAUUUCAUUAAACCCCAAUCUAAGUCUCUACUGAUCACACAAUUUUCAGCCCCCAGGGAUGAUUUCUUAAAAACACUGAUAUCAUGUAGAGUAAGCACAUAUGACAAACCAAAUGCCAGUCAAAACCUUCAUAAUGUCUCUAUAAUGUCAUACUCGAACAAAGUGAACGAAACCAUAGCUGAGUGCUCAUCCGGUUUCACGAAGCAACAAAUCUCGAGGUUACUUUCAACUAAGAAGACAAGCAGUUCCAAAAAGUUUAAAUACAAGACUGACAGACCAAACAUUAGCAUAAAGAAAGGUGGCCUAUUCAAUGAGUCCAUUUCUUCCAACGAAAGCAGUGGACUCUUUCGUAGCUAUUCAUCGCCAAAUCUAUUUGAGAACAGAGAGAGAAGGCCUAUUUGUAAGGGCAGAGCGAGAAAAUUAUCUAUAAUGAAAGAAGAUAGUCCCGAUAAUAUUUUAGAAGUGUCCGGUAUUGUUGCUUUAGACAAAAAUAGCAAUUCUAGCACACCUCAAGGUAUUUGUGGCUUAGACAGCGCAAAAUUAAACAUAUCUAAAGAACCUAUUGCACUUAAAGCUAACGGACCAGGAGAUGUAUCAAACAACGUUUUUAGUAGGGUACAAUUUGAUUUGGAUAAGGAAAUUGCAAAUGGAAGUAUAUGCUUAAAAACAUCACCUAAGGAACAUAAUAGUAUUGAAUUCCUGGAAUUAGUGAAGACAGAAACACCCAAAGCCAACCCGCAGGUCAUAAGGAAAACAAGCUCCUUGGAGAAGAUUAUAAACCGCUUUAAGAAGGUCCGUGCUAAUGUUUUACCGUCGGAAUCGUUCGAAACACCGAACAUUAAAACGAUUGUCGAAGAGAAAGAGAACAAUUUCAAUGCGGUAAAUGUGGAUGUGUUCACUGCAAACAAAACCCUAUUGCCUGAUCUAAUAAGUCCGAGUUUCAGUGUGAUACCAAAGAAAACCAUCAGCAACUAUUAUGAUGAUUUUUGUCUGGAUAUGGACGAUGAACCGCAGCCCAGGAGACCUAGAGAGAGCCUUGGAACCGUUUUGGGCGUCGACCACACAUUCUUAGAUCAGUGUGACCUAAUUGAC